UUGAUCCAAUUGUAUGCUUGCAAAUGGGAUAUUAUACCCUAAUAAUACAAUUUUAAAAUAAAAAAAAAGAUAAGUAUUUGAUGAAAAAGUUAAAAAUAAUCUAAUUAAUCAGUGAUUAUCGUUGUUAUUCGCAGAUAAAGUCGAACACCAUAGAACAUCUGCAUAGAAACAAUUCCAGAUGUCACGCAUUUAAACAAUAGAAAACACGAAGAAGGAGACGGUUAGAUCUGUAAUUUUAAGUUAUAACCGAAAAUAAUUCUCUCGAUAGAGCUUUUAAUUUUCAAGUAAAGGCAUUUAAAAUCAAUGAAAUCAUUACCUUUCAAGCUUACAAGUUGUUUUAAUAAAAGUAACGAUGACAGCAGUAAAAUGGUCCCUGUUCCAUCACCCAGUCCUGGUCCUGGAACCAGAGGUCUGGUGCCAUCCGAUAAUCAAUUGAGUUAUAUGAUGACCCCUCGCAACACCAUGUCCAUUACUCAUACCAAAGGAUUGCUAAACAUGCCAGGACAGAAUAAUUGUUUUCUUAAUAGUGCAGUACAGGUUUUGUGGCAUCUUGAUAUAUUUAGAAGAAGUUUUAGACAGUUGAGUGGUCAUACUUGCAUGGCUGAAUCUUGCAUUUUUUGUGCUUUAAAGGAACUAUUCACUCAGUUCCAAUACAGUCAAGAAUCAGCAUUGCCACCUGAUGCAUUAAGAAGAGCAUUGGCAGAAACAUUUUGUGAUCAGAGACGAUUCCAACUUGGUUUUAUGGAUGAUGCUGCCGAAUGUUUUGAAAAUAUUUUACAACGCAUUCACUUUCAUAUUGCCAGUCAGCAAUCUGAAGAUAUGUGUAGCGUUGCCCAUUGUAUUUCGCAUCAAAAAUUUGCUAUGGUUCUUAUAGAACAGACAUGUUGUCAUGCCUGUGGUGCCACGUCUGAACCUCUACCAUUUACACAAAUGGUACAUUAUGUUUCAGCAUCUGCUUUAUGUUCACAAUCAUCUGUUACUAAGCAAGAAUACAAUAAACAGUCAUUUGGAGAACUUUUGAAGAGAGCGGGUGGAAUGGGUGAUAUUCGAGCUUGCCCUAGUUCUUGUGGAGCUAAAAUUCAGAUUCGAAGAGUAUUAAUAAAUCAGCCAGAAAUUGUGAGUAUUGGAUUAGUUUGGGAUUCUGAAAGACCUACACUUGAACAUAUUAUGGAAGUCUUCCAAACUAUAGGAACAGUCAUACAUUUAACUGAUAUUUUUCAUUCAGUUGUAGAUAGUAAAUGGGCUAAAACAGCUAUGCAUCAAUUAGUUGGUGUUGUGACAUACUAUGGAAAACAUUAUUCUACUUUCUUCUUUCAUACUAAACUGAGAAUUUGGAUAUAUUUUGAUGAUGCAACAGUAAGAGAGAUUGGUCCAAGUUGGGAUCAAGUUGUUGAAAAAUGUCGUCGAGGUCAUUUUCAGCCACUUCUUUUACUGUAUGCUAAUCCAAAUGGCACCCCUGUAUCAACUACAACAGCACCUAGAACUGUCACACUAGCUACAAAUCAUAAAAAGAAAAUUGCUAAAAUUGCAGAAGCUACACCUUCCAUGCAUAUACCAGAACACAAUGCCCAAACAAAAAAAUUGGCUCAGUUAAAUAAUGUUCCUUUACGAAAUAUUGCUCCUGAAGUUUUGAUGAAAGAAGAAUAUCAAAAUACCAAAUAUCCUAGUUUUCCUUUAUAUCAUCAUCAUGUGAAUAUUCAUCAUUGUCAAAAACAUAAUACAUACAGCUAUAAUCCAUCAUUACCAUCAUCAAGUUGCAUAAAAGGUUGUCAGUGUCAUCAUAAUCAUUCCUCUGAUCAUUCUGUACAUACUGCUCACUGUCAUUUUGUCGACUGUGAAAAUUACCAAUCAGUUAGCCAAGAAAAGUCUCUUGAUGUAAGUAAUGAUCAAGAAACAUAUAUCAGCAGGAAGGCUGUGGAAAGUGUUUUGAACUUUCAAAAACUUCAAAGACAAAAAUCACUUUCUACUAUUGAAAAUAGAAACAGUAUUAGCAGCUUAGAUUCUUUUGAAAAUCAAGCACAGAAACCACAACUAAAACUUGAUAUUCCUGACGUUGAGAAUCUGUCAAGAAGAAGGGAUUCAGGAAACUGGAGUGGUGACAGAAAUAGCGCAAGUUCUUCAAGCAGUACUUCAAUUGACAAUUCCUAUUUAUUUGCUAUUGGAAAUAAAUGGUUACAUCCACCCGGUUUUCGUCAUGGCAUAGCAGGAAAAGCUAAUCAUGAUUACAUUAAUGUGUUUUCUGAUCAAGGCUAUGAUUCUUUUUCUUUAUCAAGUACUGAUAGUUAUCCAUCUGUCGGUACUACAACUAUGAAGCUGGAUCCUCGUCUCUGUCAAAUUCCUGAAAGUCUUGUUUUGGUUGAUAAUAAGACAGCUUGCAAACAGCAAUCUGUAUCUAGUGUAGAUUGUGACAAAUUAUGUACAGAAGCUGAUCUUUUUUUAAACAAAUCACAUGAAAAAGAACAGGAAGGAGAUUUAGUGAUGGCAGCUUUGCUGAGUGAUCUGGCAGCUUCAAGAGCAAGAGCAGCAAUGGAUGCUCCUUACAGCAAUUCUAGAUCAUUAGUAUCAGCCAAAAUGAAACAUAGUACUUGUGUAAUGAGAUCAUCAUGUUUACACAGAAAACUAAAUGAAAUUGAAACGACUGAAAAAAGAAAACAAAAAGAAGCAGAAAUUAAUCAUAGUCGCCAGUCUAGUAGAGACAGUAAUCAUAGCCGUCAUGUUCGUCAGGGAAGUAAAGGCAGUAAAAAAUCUUUAUCAGAGGGCAUAGAUAAAUCAAAGAAGACAAUUGAAUUAUAUGGUACCUUGCCUAAAAAAGGAAGCAAUAGAAAAGAUCAUUACACAGAAAAAUCAAAGGAUGAGCAAAUUUAUAAAGACUUUCUAGAAAAACAAAGACAAAGCAGUAAAUCAGAACAACAAAAACAAAUUAUAGAAAAAAGAAAACAAUUUAGGACUGAUGGAAUUGGAAAUAACAAAACAAAGUCAGAUAUAGAUACUAUUGCUGAUAAAACUUUCUCUAAAAUAGGAAUAUUUGAAAAAUCACCUUCUCUCAGAAUAAACAGACAGAGAAAAUCUCCUCCUCAACAGAAAAUUGAAAGAAAGGAUUCAGGGUUUAAUGAAAAUUCAAAUGAUUGGGAACAGACUAAGAGACCUGCAUUAUUCAGAACUUAUUCUGGACCAGCUGCUAUAAAAGAUAUGGCAUGUGAAGCAGUUUGCCAAACUAAUAAAAAACAACAUAAAAUAAGACAAAAAUUAAUGGGUGGAUUUAUGAGGAGAAAAAAUCGUAGUUUGCCAGAUUUAAGAGAAGGACAAGAAAUAUCUGAUCAAGAAGCUAGAUCUUACGAUGAUUUUGCAUUAAAUAUUGAUAACCAAACUAGAAAAAAUAAUACUGAAGCUCCUCUUCCACAUAUUAGUCGUGUAUCUCAUCAACCACUUCGUGCUUACAUAAAUAAGAAUGUAAAUCAGAGACCAUUACUUAUUCGUGUCAGUCCUCCCCAAGUUCGAGCCAAAUCUGCAAAGCUACUUCUCACUCCUUUCACUGUAACGUCGAAAGCAGAAGCUAGAGAAGUAACGGGAAAAUCUGAAAUUUCAGAAGAUGAAUUACCACCUCCCACAAAUAGUUUUCUUGCAGAACUUCAAGCAAAAAGAAAACAGAUAAUGAAACCAAAGAAUGAAAAAGAAACAAAUUCAAAUCAAAAUGAAAUUACUCAAACAAAUCCACUGCUUCAAGAAUUACAAAAUAAGCACCAUCAAAUGAUGGAGAAAAGAAUUCAACCUUUACAACUGGAAUAUUCAACAGAAAAUCAAUUCAAAGAGAAAAAGAAAUUUGAUAGAAGCAUUCCAUUGACAGAUAAUUCACAAACGAUGCAAAAGCAGGAAAAUACUUUCAAAAAUAUUGAAGGAAAUGGAAUAUCUUUCCCAACAGAAAAUUUCACUGUAAAUAAUUCCAGACCACAUGAUUCUAUGUUGCAAAAAGAAAAGGAGUUAGAUUCUGAAGCAAUUGAACAGAAAUCAUGUUCUGUUAAAGACUUAGCUUCAAAAUUUGAAAAUAUAUUUUGUGCUAAAUUGCAACCUCAGAAUUCUGUAAGAACUAGUUCACUUCGUAAUACGAGUGGUGAAAAAACAGCCGUAUGUAACGAAGAAGAUAAACACAUUCAACAUAAACAGAAUUCUGAAAUUAAAUUAUUUAAUGGUAACACUAAUCAUUUAAAUGAUUCAUCAUCAUUCUGUGAUAUCCCAGGACAUGAAGAAUCAACAAAAUUAGAUGCAAUAGAGAGCAAUAAUCAAAAAAUUUCAGGUGAGCCGAGACGUCCAAUUAGACCACCAGAUUACGAAACUGCAGUUCAAAGACUGUGUUUAUUAAGAGACAUGGCAUUGGGUGAAGCUGAAAUGAAAAUGGCUAUUGGACCAGAUGCAAAGAAAAAAUCAGGCACAAAAAAGACUGUAACUUUUUCUGAUAAAGUAGUAUUAGUUGCUUGUGCAGAUGAUGACAUCAAUGAUUAUCUUCCAAAUCCAGUUUUUGAGAGAGUUUACAGACAGCAUGUAAUGCAGAACUUUACUGCAAACGAUGAAAAAACAGAGUCUUCGGAAUCUGGAAAUCAGCAAACUAUUUUAUCUUGUCAACAGCCUCAACAAAAUGUUAUACAGUGUCAACCAUCUCAACAAACUGGUAUUCUUUGUCAAUUAUGUAGAAAGAAAUUCAUAAAUAUGCCAACAGUAUAUUGUUCAGAUUGUGCUUUUUAUAUGGCAAGGUUUCAGCCUCGUCAGUAAUGUAGUUCCUAAUUUUCAUGUACAAACUACAAAACUCAUUAAAGCACAUCUUGUAAAAUUUGCUCAAAGAAAUUAUUCAUUUUUUAAAACAUUUCCUUAAAAAUUUCCAGUACAAAAAAUACAAAAAUUAUUUUUAUUUUUAUAUAAAAUUUUUGUAAAAGUAAAAUAUUACUUUUGUUUUCACUUACAUUUUUGUUUUCACUAUGUAGAUAUUUCAUGAACUCCAAAUUUUUGUACUAUAAUUGUAAAUAUCGUAUAUAUAGUUUUGCAGCUAACAAUUGUUAUUUGUUAUAUAGUAACUAAACAAAUGCAAUACUCAAUUAUGCAAAUAUUCUCCAAAGCUUUUUUUUAGUAAAUUUAUGUGCCAAUAACUAUAGGCAUUGUUUUAUUUUUCAAUACAGUAUUAUUCUGUAUAAUGCUUUAAAUUACUAUUAGAAUGCAAUACAGAUUUAUUUUAAAAUAAGUUAAUGUGCCUUAAAAGUUUUCCAUGAAUUUAGAUCUGCAAAUUGUUAUUUACCAUAAAUUUGUAAAAUUUUAAAAAUUGUUUCUUAAAAUAUUCUGUAAAUUUAUAACUAGUUUAAAAUGUUUUUUCUGAAUUAUAUUUUUGUAAAAGUAUUGCAAUGAUUCUGUACAUAAUUGACCAUAAAAAUUUUUUAUAUAUUGA